AUGGUAAUCGGAAAUAACAAACGACAAACUGCAAGAUUAUUGAAAAUUAUACACAGAAGACAGCAAGUAUGGAAAAGAAUUUAUUCGCAAAUUAAAAGAUCCCGGGAUCUGAUUAUGAAUGUACAUCAAAUGUUGCUACCACCUAUGAAUCUUGCGGAAUUCUGCUUUGUCUCGAAUAGACGUCUUUGGAUGAAACGUAGAAGUUAUCACUUUUGGGAUGACAUCGUUUUGAAUACAUAUGAUGAUGCACAGUGGCUUGAAAGUUUUAGAAUGCGCAAAGAUACAUUUAAUAAAUUAUGUGAUAUUCUUAAAAAAGAAUUAGAACCGAAACCUAUUUUUUUAAAGUCCAGAGAACCACUCUCGGUGCAAAAACAAGUGGCUAUUGCUUUAUACAAAUUGGCAAGUUGUGCAGAGUAUCGAGUAGUCGGAAAUAUUUUUGGUAUCCACAAAUCUACGGUGAAGAAAUGUUUAUAUAAAGUUGUGAAUGCCAUCAAUAACGUGAUGAUGGUAGAUUACUUACAUAUGCCGAACGAAUUCGAAGCUGUUGAAAUAGCAAAUAAUUUUGAAAAGAGAUGUCACAUACCCCAAAUUAUUGGUUGCAUUGACGGAUCGCACAUACCGAUUCUGGCUCCUGCUGACGGCUAUAGAGAUUAUGUGAAUCGAAAGGGCUGGCCUUCAUACAAUCUCCAAGCAGUUGUUGAUGACAAAUGCAGAUUUAGAGAUAUUUGCAUCCGACAUCCAGGGAAUACUCACGACGCUGCUGUGUUCAAAGACUCUAAUUUGUAUAAAAAUGUACAUACACUAAUUCCACAG